ACUGCAUCACUCUCAUUCAGGAUCCAUCGCUUGUAGCAAAUAUGCAGGCUUUGCUUUUCCUGCUGGCAUCAUUGAUGCUGACGGCAGUAUCGAGCGAACAUAACUAUUUCCAAUUAAAAAGGCCAAAUAAUUUAACUGCGUUGCGUCCGGUAUAUUUGAACAAGACCGACGAUGAAUGGCAAAAGUUGACUCAAGCAAACAAACCCAAGCCGGCUGACCCCAACGCAGAGACAAUUGUGCAGCCUCCCCGUGCUGGAAAACCGUCUGUUUUCAUCCAGCCGCACAUCGUUGGCGGUGCCGUAGCCACCUUAGGACAGUUUCCCUGGCACGCGAUCAUUUCUCACAUUAAUGUUUAUAGUUUUGGCGGAUCGUUGAUAUUGCCUGAGUGGGUUUUGACUACUGCCUCUUGCACUGACAAUUUUUAUCACAUCCCAUCCACGAAUGAGAAUUAUAAUGUUCGAUUGGGCACGGUGACUCUCGAAAGUUCACCACCUGGCGAAUAUUCGGUAUAUACUAACGUCACAUACACUCACGAGGGGUACAAUUAUACGACGUUCGAAAACAACAUCGCCCUGAUCAAACUGCCAGUGCCUGUCACGUUUUCAAAAACCAUAAUGCCCAUAAGACUGCCACCUUUGUCCGAUGCCACCAAGGACUUGACUGGCCUUUUAGCGACCAUUACAGGAGCUGGAAAAGUUGAUGGCGAUUCUCCUUACUGGGGCAAAUUCCUUAAGUACACGCAAGUGACGGUGAUCACCUAUGCGGAAUGUGCCCGAUUUUACGGUCCAGACCCGCUUGUUGGCUCAACCUUCUGUACAAAGAAAAACCUAACAGCACCCUGCUCUGCAAGUUUAAUACUCACUAUUCGUUUUAAAAUUUUGAAACAGAAUUUUUCACGUAUUUUCAUUUACAGCAAGAUGUUGGUGGAGCUCUGGUUUACAAAGAUCAGUCCAAUACUUGGGUUCAAAUAGGCAUUCUCUCAUUCUUGGACAUUUACGAAUAUUACUGCUUGGAUGGCCCUUCAGGUUAUACCCGCGUCGCCGCUUACCUUGGAUGGAUAUCUGAUAAGAUCGGCCAGGACGUGUCAGGGUCUACGGUCACCACGACAACACCCAAACUAACCACAACCAAAUUAACAACCACUAGAGCUACUACCAAGACAACAACUAAAACUACAACCAAGACCACUACUAAGACAACCACCAAGCCCACAACUAAAACGACUACGAAGACAACAACUAAAACAACCACCAGGACUACAACUAAAACCACAACAAAAAUGACAACUAAAACUACAACCAAACCAACAACCACCACAAAAACCACAACCAAAUUAACAACUACCACUAAGACUACAACUACUAAAGCUGCAUCUGGUUGAAAAUAUAUUUGUGAAUUUUCAAUUUCCUUCAAAAUAUUUUAGUAAUUAUGCAGAGAGGCGAUGGUUUGUAAAUCCUUAAAGAAUUUGUUGAUUUUGAAACUGUACACGGUCUUACGUAUUAAUAAAUGAUAUAAAAUGUUGACUCAAUUAAGAGAUAGUAUAGAGGAGGUAAACCGAAUAUAUCAUUGAUGUAUUUGAAAUGUCGAAUCAGACGACGUGACAAAAUAUAUUAUACUGAAACAUAUAUCAUAAAAUACUAUCAAAGCA